AGUCGUGGGAUGGCGGGUUCUCGGGGUGGGGUGCUAAGCUGCCGGACGCGCGAAAGGUGACGCAGACGCCGCGAAGGGCAAAGUGGAUGAGUUCCGGCAGCUUUAUGAGAGGGCUCGGGAACGUACCCGGCUCGGCCUUUGGCCGUCGGACGGCUGGUAGUCCAGAGGAAUGUUAGAGCUGUUUUUUGAUAACUGCUGUUAAAUGUAGUCAAAGCAGUGGCUUGAUUCCUUCAGUAGCCCAGUGCUGAGCUCCCGCAGGUGCCAGACCCUGAACUUGGCACAGUGGGAGUCUCUGAAGGUAAAAACGACCCGAUCCCUAUCCUCUGAAGAGAACACAGUCUGUCGAGGGAGCUUCUGCUAUCUGAAGUAGCAUGGAUCUGCCUGUGGAGGAAUGGACAUCACACAUACUUCAGAAGUGGUCUUUGCUCCCCAAGUCCAUUCAGGUCACAAUUUCUACAGCAGAGACUUUGAGCGAUAUCUUUCUUCACUCAUCUUCGCUUCUUCAACCUGAGGAUGAGAUAUUUUUAAAAAGGCUUUCUGGAGAUUACCUUGUAGGAAAGGACCCUGACGCUCCCCUUUUCUACAGAGAAGAAGGAAACAAAAAAUUUCAGAAGAAGGAUUAUCUGGAAGCCACAGUGCUGUACUCUAAGGGAGUGUCACAUUCAAGGCCCCACACUGAGGACAUUUCACUGUGUUACGCCAAUCGCUCUGCAGCCCUCUUCCACCUGGGUCAGUAUGAAACAUGCCUUAAAGACAUCAACAGAGCACAGAUGCAUGGAUAUCCAGAAAGAUUGCAACCCAAGAUGCUGUUGCGUAAGGCAGAGUGUCUGGUGACCCUGGGGAGACUACCCGAGGCAAGCCAGGCCAUCAGUGAUCUUGAAAGUAACUUUGCUGCCAAACCGACCUUAGCAGCUUCCCAAUUGCAGAUUCUGCAGAGAACCCUCUGUCGUCUGAAAAUCAAGGUACAAGAAAAGGAGAAUCUCACAGAAGCCUUCCCAGCAGCUCUAACCAAAGCCUUUGAGGAUGUGGACCUAAGACAAGAGAAUAAACAGAUUUCCAGUGCAUCAUCAUCUGUCAGCUUAUGCACAGACCCUUUAAAAGGCCGCUAUCUGGUGGCCACAAAAGAUAUCCUCCCAGGAGAGCUUCUAGUGAAAGAGCAUGCUUUUGUAAGUGUCCUUAACCCAGGAGAAAUGCCACCACGACAUCGUGGCCUAGAGAGCAAGUGGGACACCAGAGUUACCACUGGGGACCUCUACUGUCACCGAUGUUUGAAGCACACCUUGGCCACAGUUCCCUGUGACGGAUGCAGCUAUGCCAAGUACUGCAGCCAGGAGUGCAUGCAGCAGGCCUGGGACCUCUACCAUAGUGUAGAGUGUUCUCAGGGGGCGCUGCUUCUAGCACUGGGUGUUUUUUGCCACAUUGCCCUGAGAUCAACUCUUUUAGCUAGAUUUGAGGAUGCUGGCAAAGUCAUGAAGCUUUGUGGUGAGAGUAGUAACAGGAACAUCUGUUUACCUGAAAGCAAGAACCUGGUACAAAUGCUCAGUUAUGACCUGGGAGGGGAGAGUGAGAAAAAGGGUAAAACAGUUGAGGCCCCAAUUCCUGGAUGUGAUAUUAAUGGGAAGUAUAAAAAUAAUUAUAAUGCUGUCUUCCAUCUUUUACCCCAUACUGAAAACCACAGUCCAGAGCACAAAUUUCUCUGCGCUCUAAGUGUUUCUGCGCUGUGCAGGCAGCUCGAAGCAGCCAGUUUACACGUCUUCACAGCAGCUCCGAAAACAUGUAGGCUGAAAGCAGUAGAGGCUCCUGCAUUGUGUCCAGAGUUGAGUGUUUGGGGAGUGGCCAUGCUGAGACACAUGCUACAGCUGCAGUGUAAUGCUCAGGCAAUAACCACCAUACAGCAGACAGGAUCUAAAGAGAAACUCAUUACCGACAGCAGGCAAGUACGCCUUGCCACAGGCCUCUUCCCUGUCAUCAGCCUCCUGAACCAUUCCUGCAGCCCCAACACCAGCGUGUCCUUCAUUAGCACCAGCGCCACCGUUCGGGCAUCACAGCAGAUCAGAAAAGGGCAGGAGAUUCUCCACUGCUAUGGGCCUCAUGAAAGCAGGAUGGGUGUUGCUGAGAGGCACCAGAAGCUGAAGUCUCAGUAUUUCUUUGACUGCAACUGCUCGCCUUGUGAACGUGAGAAGCAGAGCUCCCCACUUCCGCAGGGAGGUGAUGUUCUGAGCUGUGGCACCGCAUCUUGUACAGAAUCAGUCAGCAGGGAUCACCUGGUCUCUCGGCUGCAGAACCUUCAGCAGCAAGUGGGGAUGGCCCGGAAGCUUCUCAGAAAUGGUAAACUAGAGCAAGCCAUUCAGCUGUUGUUGAGAGGCCAGCACGAUGCUGAGAGCUUCCUGUCCGCAGAGCACAGCAUGGUGGGAGAAAUUGAGGACCACCUGGCCCGGGCCUAUGCUGCCUUAGGGGACUGGGAGAAGUCAGCUGCCCAUCUACAGAAGAGUCUCCGAGUAGUUGAGGCUUGCCACGGGCCAUCCAGUAUUGAGAUGGGCCACGAGCUCUUCAAACUGGCCCAGAUCUUUUUCAAUGGGUUUGCAAUCCCCGAAGCUCUGAACACAAUACAAAAGGCAGAGGAGGUUCUCUUAGUGCACUACGGCCCUUGGAAUGAUGAGGUCCAGGAGCUGCAAAAGAUGAAAUCCUGCUUAUUGGACUUGCCAUCCAUUCCUGUGGGGCCCAAUGAAUAAGGUCCCAAGGGGACUUUGACCCACAGGAAAGGCACCAGUGUGGGAUGAGUUAGAGGUUUUGUUGCUGCUGAGCUGUCGCCAGGAAAUACAGGACUGGCCUGACAGCCACAGGCCGAACGUAUAAGGGGAGCGGAGGACUUGGAAGGCAUUGCAGUUGGAAAGAUGCUCACCUGUUCUGAUGAAUGUUUCUUGAAAUAGUUAACUACCCUUCAGUAAAAACUCCCAGUUUCCAGAAAAGACUUAAAACUGGUAUCUGGAGAGCCUAAGCCCUUUAAAAGGAUUUUAGCUGCUCUGCAGGCAUCUGGAUGUUAGCCUGGGGUUUUGGCCAGACGCCACCCUACUAAAUGAUGAUAGUCUGUUUCCCUGGAACAUUCCUAUGGUUUCUACUAGUAAUGAAAUGUUUUGUACCACUCCAGUGGGAACCUAAACUCCUAGUAGUUGUAUUGUAAUUGAAAAAUAAUUACAAAGCAAGAAAUCAGCGAGGCUCCUUACCUCUGGGACACAGUUUCAUCUAUGGUAUCAAGCUUCCUCGAAUCCUUUGUUAAAACCGGUGGAGUAUAAAUUGUGAACAGAGAGAUAAAUAUGGGGCCGUUUUAUUGUUGGGCAAUUUCUUCCUCGGAUGGCAGCUUGUCAUUUGUCUUCUACCAGUUUUUCCAGUCAUUAUUAUCUGGCUUUCAUUCUAUACCCUUGGCCAAACACUAAUAAAAUCAAGCUUGUAACAAUGACGUUAUAACACAUC